CCCACCGGCUCUCGAGGACAAAAGAAGCAGACGACUUCAAGAAUCCUCCCUGAUCCAACCCAGACAGGAGUCUGUGUUGACCAGAACUUUUCCCCUGGAACCGAAAGCAGUGUCGCUGGCCGGCACAACCCGUUUCCCGUGGGACCCCUCUACAAAAUCAAAAUGGCCCCUCUCUGGAUCCUCUGCAUCUUCCUCGCCCUUCAGACCACACUGGCCAGCGACAUAGUGGAACCCGGCCCUCAGAGUGGCAUCGUACUCCAGGAUGCACCCGGCCUGCUUCUCACCAAUUGCCGCGUCCACACUCAACGUGUAUAUGCCCGCCUUGACCCGUGGGACGUGUACCGCAAGCAUUUCAGGUCACCCUCUCAGAUGAACCUGGAAACUGGCCCUACUUCCGAGAUAGGAUCCAACAUCGAACACGCCAAGCGUACCACUAGCCACAUGCUCGAACAGCUGCAGAAAUUCAUCGUCACAGAAGAGGAACUGAGCGGCAAAGCCCGUCCCAAGCGUUUCCUAGGUGGACUUCUUACCGCUGCUUCUGCUAUCGGCUCCCUAUUCUCAGUGGGCCUCUCCGCCGUUAAUACCGUUAGCCUGACUGCCGUCAAGCGCGAAAUUAGCACACUUAAAGAGGAAAUGCCAGAAAUUCAGAACAUGUGCACCUCAACCAAAGAUAUUCACUGGGUCUGCCCCAGUAAUCCCUUUAUCAGAGACACUACUGAUCGCCUCUGCGGACUGUCAAAGGUCCCAGACCAGAAGUGUGCCGCCCAACUGUCCACAAAGGACGAGAGGGCGCUGAACCCAAAGAGACUGUUUGCAAUGUACUACUGA